GGUCUUCCGUUGGAGCGUAAACAUUUGGGCCAAAGCGCUGCGCGAGACGAAGACCUGCUCCUUCUCCUCCCCGCCGGCCAUUCUCUGGUCCCGUCCUGCUUCCGGGAGGCAGUGUCAGCCGCUGGAAAGUGCCGUUCCCGCUGGUGCUGGUUUUCCCUGGAAAACUGCUGGCUCUUUAUUGUUUUCCAUAUUUGCUGAUUGGGAGCAGGGGGAGCUCUUCCCGGGGUCCGGGGCGGUGGUGCAGCUGGUUGUAGAAUUGGAAUAAAAGGUCUCCCGCGACCCCACCCCCGAGUUGCGCUCCGAGGACACUCAUGGGAGUGCAGGGCCUCUGGAAGCUGCUCGAGUGCUCAGGGCGGCAGGUCAGCCCGGAGACGCUGGAAGGGAAGAUCCUCGCCGUGGAUAUUAGCAUUUGGUUAAACCAAGCCCUUAAAGGAGUCCGGGAUCGCCAUGGGAACUCGAUAGAAAAUGCUCAUCUUCUCACUUUGUUUCAUCGGCUCUGCAAACUCUUAUUUUUUCGAAUUCGUCCUAUUUUUGUGUUUGAUGGCGACGCUCCACUAUUGAAGAAACAGACUUUGGCUAAGAGAAGGCAGAGAAAGGAUUUGGCAACCAGUGACUCCAAAAAGACUACAGAGAAGCUUUUGAAAACAUUUUUGAAAAGACAAGCUAUUAAAAGUGCCUUAAAAAGCAAAAGAGAUGAAGCGCUACCCAGUCUUACUCAAGUUCAAAGAGAGGAUGACAUCUAUGUUUUGCCGCCUUUACAAGAGCAAGAAAAAAAUAGUUCAGAAGAGGAAGAUGAAAAAGAAUGGCAAGAAAGAAUGAGUCAAAAACAAGCAUUACAGGAAGAGUUCUUUCACAAUCCUCACGCAGUAGAUAUUGAGUCUGAAGACUUCAACAGCUUGCCCCUGGAAAUAAAGCAUGAAAUCUUGACUGACAUGAAAGAAUUUACCAAGCGAAGAAGAACAUUAUUUGAAGCAAUGCCAGAGGAGUCCAAUGACUUUUCACAGUACCAGCUUAAAGGUUUGCUUAAAAAAAACUAUCUAAACCAACGCAUAGAAAAUGUCCAAAAGGAAAUGAAUCAGCAGCAUUCAGGACAAAUUCAAAGGCAGUAUGAAGAUGAAGGGGGCUUUUUGAAGGAGGUAGAGUCAAGGAGAGUGGUCUCUGAAGACACUUCACAUUACAUCUUGAUAAAAGGUAUUCAAGUUAAGGCAGUUGCAGAAGUGGACUCAGAGUCUCUUCCUUCUUCCAGCAAAAUGCAUAGCAUGUCUUCUGACAUGAAGUUGUCUCCAUGUGAAAAACCUAAGCCCGAGAAAGAGCCUGAUGCUGCUCCUCCUUCUCCAAGAACGGUGCUGGCCAUGCAAGCUGCCAUGCUGGGAAGUGGCUCAGAAGAGGAGUUGGAGAGUGAGACUCAAAGGCAGUACAAGGAGAAGAAUGCACCUGCUACUGUAGAGCCAGGCUCCGUAUCACCUCGGACUCUCUUAGUGAUUCAGAAAGCUCUUGAGGAUGAUGAAGACGUGAAGGUGCAUUCUGGGAACAAUUUACAGACAGGGGGCUCGGAAGCGAAUAAACUGCUUAUGAACAGUUCUGAUGAGGAGACUGAUGAAGGACUUAACGUGAGAGGUGGAAAAGAAAUGCUGUUGACAACAGUACCUCAUUCAACCAGUGUGAACUUUGUAGAGGAGCGUGUAACCAGCACUAAUAAUGCAAAAGAGCCGACAGACUCGGCUCAUUUAUCAAGGACUAUCCUUUGUCAAGGCAGUGCAUCUAACGUUCUAAAAGAACAAACGUCAUUUAUUCCCACAGUGAACGAAGCCUUUCACACAAGUGAUGAGUCUAUGGUUAAGGAUAGAAAAGAUCCAGUUCCUUUAGAAAGCACAGAGGUGAUACACAGGAAUGUACCUGGGCUCCAGAGUGGAAGAGAACUGACACUGACACCUCUGACAAGUGCAAGUUCUGUAUCCAGGAAUGAAACACGUACCAGAGCACUUGAGCCACAACAAGAUCUUCGUCCAUCUGAGAGUAAAUUUGAUUCCUCUGUUCUUUCAAGUGAUGAUGAAACAGAAUGCAAAAAAAAUCCUACUUCUGAAGUCUUUGGCGCUGUCGGUUUGCAAGAAGCAAGUAACACACCAAGUGUCCCUUCAGAGGCAGUAGGUAACUUAGAAAACGCGGUAUCGUUUAAUGUGAAAGAGCACGAAAGUUUCCCGAAAGCCAUCCAAGAACAUGAGGCAAUGGAAUCUGCAGGCCAGGAUUUAAUUUCAGUUCCAGAAUCCAUGGAACCAGUGGAAACUGACUCUGAAGAAAGUGAAUCUGAUGGAAGUUUCAUUGAAGUGCGGAGUGUAAUUAGUGAUGAUGAACUUCAAGAUGAGUUACACGAAGCUUCCAAACCUCCCUCUGGACAAGGAGAAGAGGAACUGAUAGAAACUAGGAAGGAAGAAGCCACUGGUGACUCUGAGGACCUCCCAAGAGAUGACUCUGAAAGCGAGGCCUUGGAUAUUGAGCCACGUGAAGAAACCGAAAAAGAUACAGAGGAUUCAUUCAAUGAAUGGCAAGAUAUUAAUUUGGAGGAACUGGAAACUCUGGAGAGCAACCUUUUAGUCCAACAGAAUUCACUGAAAGCCCAGAAAGAGCAGCAAGAGCGGAUUGCUGCGACUGUGACAGGACAGAUGUUCCUGGAGAGCCAGGAACUUCUCCGCCUGUUUGGCGUUCCCUACAUCGAGGCUCCCAUGGAAGCGGAGGCUCAGUGUGCCAUUCUGGAUCUGACGGAUCAAACUUCUGGAACAAUCACUGAUGAUAGUGAUAUUUGGCUGUUCGGAGCACGGCAUGUCUAUAAAAACUUUUUUAAUAAAAACAAGUUUGUAGAAUAUUACCAGUAUGUGGAUUUUCACAACCAGUUAGGAUUGGACCGGAACAAAUUAAUAAAUUUGGCCUAUUUGCUUGGAAGUGAUUAUACAGAAGGAAUACCAACUGUAGGUUGUGUUACAGCCAUGGAAAUUCUCAAUGAAUUCCCUGGACAUGGCCUGGAACCUCUCCUAAAAUUCUCAGAGUGGUGGAAUGAAGCUCAAAAAAAUAAGAAGAUAAGACCUAAUCCUUAUGACACCAAAGUGAAAAAAAAGUUACGCAAGUUGCAGCUCACACCUGGCUUUCCUAACCCGGCUGUUGCAGAAGCUUACCUCAAACCUGUGGUGGAUGACUCCAAAGGAUCAUUUCUCUGGGGGAAACCUGAUCUUGACAAAAUUAGAGAAUUUUGUCAGCGGUAUUUCGGCUGGAACAGGAUGAAGACUGAUGAGACUCUAUUUCCAGUACUAAAGCAACUGAAUGCCCAGCAGACACAGCUCCGAAUUGAUUCUUUCUUUAGAUUAGCUCAACACGAGAAACAAGAUGCUAAGGGUGUUAAGAGCCAGAGACUUAACAGAGCUGUGACGUGUAUGCUGAGGAAAGAAAGAGAAGCAGCAGCCAGUGAAAUAGAAGCAGUUUCUGUUGCCGUGGAGAAAGAAUCUGAGUUCCUUGAUAAGGCAAAAGGAGGAACCCAGAAGAGAAGCAUAGCAAAUAAAUGGAAAGAAUCGUCAAGCCUGAAAAGAAAGAGGCUUUCAGAUUCUAAACAAGAGGAUGAAUGUGGUGGGUUUUUGGGGGAGGCCUACCUCUCACAGUCGUCUGAGGCAUCUUCAAGUGAGGAUGCUGAAGGUUUAUCUUUAAUGGAUAUGCAGAGGGGAAGAGCAGCUCAAGAGUCAAAAAUCAGUUCUUCAGGUUUGCAGAACACAGCGAAACCUGUUCCUGGGAGGGGCGAAGGUGCAACCACGAGCAGCUCCAGUGACGACGAUGGAGAGGAAACAAAACAAGCCCUGGUGACGGCCAGAUCGGUAUUUGGGAAGAAAAAGAGGAAACUGAGAAGUACAAGAAGAAAGCAAAACCUAAUUUAA